AUGAUAGCAACAAUAGUUCAUUAUGGAUAUUUUAUUUUUGGUCUCUAUUCUUUUAUUCUUAUACUUAUUGGUACACCAUUAAAUCUUUUUUGCUUAUAUAUAUAUAAACGACAUAUACCUAAUCGUUCAAAUCCAACUAUAAUUGUUUUUUCAUAUUUAGCUCUUAUUGAACUUCUUAUACCGUUUACAUGGAAUUUAAAUUAUGCUGUACGAGAACUUAUAUGGAAACAUCAAAAGAAUGUUGUAAUUAAAAAUCUUGAACAACAUUCAUUAUUUGUUUGUAAAUUAAUAUCCUAUGGAGCGUAUUUUUUACUUCAAUCUGCUGCAUGGCUUAAAACAUUAGCAUCAUUUACACGUUGUGUUUCAUUAAAUCAUCAUUGGACUAUAAGAAAAUAUAUAUUAAAAUCAAAUAUCAUUCAUCGUCUUAGUUGGAUAACUAUUCUUCUUUUAGGUCUUAUUAAUUUUCCUAUAUUGAUUAUCAAUGGAACAUAUGUUAUUGCUAUUGAUAAUUAUAAUCAGACACAAACAAAAGUUGCUUGUUAUCGAUCCGCUUUUUUUCAAUUUUGGGAAAUAGUUCAUUUAUUAUUAUAUAAUUUUAUUCCAUUUACAUUAAUGAUUUCAUGUAAUAUAUAUAUAAUUCGUCAUGUUCGUGAAUCUCGACGUCGUACACAACAUGCGAGAAUGAGUUCAAAUUCUAUAAUGCAACCAUCAUCAACAAUGCCUUCUACAAAUCGAAAUUCAUUAACAGGUCAGGGUAAUCGUUUAACAAAAACAUUAUUAUUUAUAUCAAUAUUUUUUAUUGUAUUUACUUCUCCUUCUGCAAUAUUUUAUAUUUUUUUUGGUAAAAAAGUAAAAACUCAUCGAGCUUUAAUUACGAUGGGAUUAAGUGAUUUAGCAACCACAAGUCAUGUUACAUCAUUUAUUAUUUAUUGGUUAGCAUCAGCUGAUUUUCGAGAUGUUGCUAUUAAUCUUCUUUGUUGUCGACCAUUUAUUCCUAUAAGACAAUCAACUGAAGAUAAACAAAAACUAAGCAGUCUUCGUAUGCGAUCAUCAUCAUUAUGA